AUGUUUUCAUUAAAGGAAAAUUCAACUAGAAGUGAAGAUGAAAGUGCAGCAUUUGUUAAUUGUUUGUGCUCUUUUUGGUACGGCUUUGGCCAAUGAUACUCCUAAAGUGAAGAUUGGAGUUAAAAAACGAGUUGAAAACUGCACGAAGAAAGCAAAGAGCGGCGACCUUAUUCACGUGCACUAUAAGGGUUCUUUGCAAGAUGGCACUGAGUUCGACAGUAGUUAUGGCCGCGGCAAGCCCUUCUCGUUUAGCUUGGGCGCCCGCCAAGUCAUCAAAGGCUGGGACCAAGGACUUCUAGGAAUGUGUGAAGGUGAGCGUCGAACACUGACAAUUCCGCCGGAGCUUGGGUAUGGAGCAAGUGGAGCGGGAGGUGGCAAGAUUCCUCCAAAUGCGGUGCUUGUUUUCGAUGUGGAAAUGGUGAAGAUUGAAGCACGCGGAGCCGAAGAGUUAUAAGCAAUAAAACCAACUAAAUGAAUUUGCAUUUCAAAUUUGUAGGCAUCAAGCCAGUCUUUCAAUAAUAAAAAAACAA